GGAGGGGCGCGCUACGUACGUGCGGGGGCGGACGCGCCCCUCCCCGCAGCGUAUAGGAGCCGCGGGCGGGCGGUCUGCUCUUCGGUUUUUCGCCGCGUUAGUGGGUCUCAGUGCAAAACAAUCACAGCUGUGGCGGCACGGGCCCACGAACGAACGAGGGGCGAUGGAGCCUAGUGAGAGGAGGGCGGGGAACUGCAAACCAUCAGUUUCCCUCGGAGCCGGGCGAGCCUGGGCAGGAAGAGAGCACCUGCGCGCUGCGCCACGGGUCUGGGCUCUAGCGUGUGAUGACAGCACAAGGUGAGGCGUGCCAUCCCCAGGCUCCUGGAAGCUGUGUGAAGGGGCCGAGGUGGACCCCCGAGCACAUCAAGGUGCCCGCCGGGAGAUGCUCCAAGGCCCGAACCACCGUGGGAGGAAGCGUGUAGGCCACCCGUGAGGGCAAGGUCCCCUGAGAGGUGCCAGGCCCGGCUUCCCUCCUGCAGGCUAAUUCCCUGGCCAUCACAGAGGUCAGUGGAGAACGGGCCUCCUGCUGCGUCAUCGUCCAGCCUCUUGAUCCUGGGGCUUAUGGUUGUCGAAUGUGCAGAAGCCGGCCAAUGAGGUGGCCGUCCAGGGACGGCCUGGUUCCUGGUGGUGGGCGAGCCCUGGGCAGUCUCUCCUGGAUGCCAGUCAGAGGCUGAGGGCAGAAGCCUUCCUGACCCGGCCCUGGACGCUCAAGUCUGUUGUGGUAGCAGGGCUGCCGGGAAGGUGUUCAGGGACACCUCGUUCACUCUCUCGUGGACUUUGAGGUUCAGGCACAGCAGACCUCCAUGGCUCCUUACCACAUCCGCAAAUACCGGGAGAGCGACCGCACACAGGUCGUGGACGUGUUCUCCCAGGCAUUUGAAGAGUUCCCCCCCCUCACCUUCCGCCACAUCCUGAAGCUGCCCCGAACUCUGGUGCUCUUGCUUGGGGUGCCCUUCGCCCUCUUCCUGGUCUCUGGCUCCUGGCUCCUGGCCCUCGUAGCCAGCCUCACCCUCCUCAUUGCUCUGAGAUUCCUUUCCAAAUACCCCUGGACCGCGUUUAAAGUCAUGUCCUUGCGCACAGACAUGUCUGACAUCACGAAGUUCUACUUGAGCGAGCCCGGCUCCUGCUUCUGGGUGGUCGAGGCUGAGGGGCAGGUGGUGGGCAUGGUGGGUGUGCUGCCCGCAGAGGAGCGCUCCCUGCAGAAGGAGCAGUUGGAGCUGUUUCACCUGUGCGUGGCCUUGGAGCACCGAGGUCAGGGGAUAGCCAAAGCCCUGGUCAGGACCGUCCUCCAGUUCGCACGCGACCAGGGCUACAGCCAAGUCAUCCUCAGCACCAGCAUGCUGCAGCACUCGGCCUUGGCCCUCUACCGGCGCAUGGGCUUCCAGGAGAGUCACCAGUUCUACUUCCGCCCGAGCUGGAGGCUGGCUGAUAUUCAUUCGGUCAUGUUUGUCUACCGCCUGCCCUCUGCUCAGGCCUCUCAGGCACAGGGGUAGGAAGGGGGCCUGUGAUCCAGUUCCUUGUGGCUGAGUCAGGAGAGGGCGGCUCUGCUGAGGUAGCAAGCAAACCCCAAGGUCUCAGUGUGACAGCACAGUGAGAGCUUACUGUUCCUUCCCUGGGAACCCGGUGCGGGGGAUGGUUUGGCGGUGGCUGUCUCUGCUCCUUUCUCUCUUUUGGGGUGACUGCUGUUUCAUCUGUCUAGUGUCAUGAGAAGGCUGUGUUAAAACAAACUAAUAAACACACAUGAAUAAACAUUUCUUUAGUUCACGUGUCCACCAUCAGCAACUUAGGCUGGACGUGGCUGGCAGCCCUUCUGGUCUCAAACAGCCUAAUUCACACAUCGUUGUGGGAUUGGCUGGAGUGACAGGGUGACCGGGCCAGCUCAUUCUCC